UAUAUCAUCAUUUUUAAAUUUUACAAUAAGGGGACAUUUUUUCCGUUGUUUUUUAAUUUAUUACUCGCAGUAAAAAUAGUUCUUGGCAGUACUUACUUAAGAUUGUGAAUGACGCCAUAGUUGUUGACACAUCCUGGUCUCUGGAAACAAAACAAACCGGUUGAUUUAAUAAGUGACAACCCUGUUGGAGUUUCCAUUGCUUCUAGCAGGAGAAAUUCCCUGUUGCAUAAUUUUUUUUUGGGAUUUCUGCUUGAAAGCUCUCUUGCAAUAAUAUCUUUCAAUUUGGUGUAUGGAUUCACCUGAAGAAGAUGAAAACAGUCUUCAGUGCGAUUCUCCAGAUGAAUGUGAAAGGACAGUGGUCGAUGCUGAAGUUCAGUUAGAACCGAAGGAUCUUGAGACUGUCUUUGAUAAUAACAGUUUUACCAACCUUCAAAUGAAAAUGCCCAUUGCAGUACAGAAUUGUGUCCCCACUGCAUUACAAGAACUUGUUGUCAUUACUAAUACGGGAGCUGGUUUCCUAAAUGAACACAAACUUCCCAUCAAUGCAGCUGCCUUCAAUCAUCCAUCAGACGGAAGUGAAGGUCUUGCCAAACGUAUUUGCAUUGAACAAGAUGGGCAAACUUUUAUUUUAGCAUUACAAGAUGGACUUGAAGGUUUCUCUAGUAUUGUAGAAGUUCCUCCUAAAGGUUUUCCAACUUUAGAUCCCUCCCAGUUGCUGAGUUUGCAAGAGUCAAGCAGUUUAGCCACAAGAGAAGGAAUAAACCAAAGCUGGUUUACUAGCAGAGAAGAAAAGACAACUCUCCACAAUAAGGGUCACCUUUGGAAGCAAGGAAUGUGGUCUAAAGAAGAAAUAGAACUACUAGAAAGCAAUAUACAGCUCUAUUGUAAGGAGCAUGAUAUUACAAAUCCUGCUACAAUUGUGUUUGAGAUGUCCAAGGAUGAAAGAAAAGAUUUUUAUCGAACUGUAGCCAAAGGUUUAAAUAGGCCUCUGUUCUCCGUCUAUAGAAGGGUGAUCAGAAUGUAUGAUAACAAAAACCAUGUUGGAAAAUACACUUCUGAAGAACUGGCCAAGCUUAAGAAGCUUCGGUCUGUUUACGGAAAUGACUGGCAAGCAAUCGGCGCUGCAAUGGGAAGAAGUGCAUCCUCUAUUAAAGAUCGCUGCCGACUCAUGAAAGAUAACUGUAAUCAAGGAAAAUGGUUGCCUGCCGAAGAACGGAGGUUGGCCGAGGCCGUGUACGACUUGACGAAUGCUCUUCCCGGUGAAAUGAUAUCGAGCGGUUUGUCUUGGGCUGUUGUAGCUGAGCGUGUAGGAACUCGUUCUGAAAAACAGUGCAGAACUAAAUGGUUGAAUUACCUGAACUGGAAGGUGGCUGGAGGAACCGAGUGGACCCGUGAUGAUGAUGUCACUUUAAUUUGCAGGGUGUAUGCUCUGAGUGCCUCAGAUGAAAAUCAGGUAGAUUGGAAUGAGCUUUCUAAAGACUGGAUGAGUGUGAGGUCACCACAAUGGUUGCGUGGGAAGUGGUGGAGCCUUAAAAGACAUGUGCCAAAUUCAAACACUGUAUCGUUUCAAGAGGUAUGUGAGUACUUAUAUCAACAUUUUGUCCUGAGAAUCAAAGUAAAGGAGGAAGAAGUACCCAACACAGCUGUUAUAAGCACUUCACUUCUACCAACUAAUCUGGCUCAAGCAAUAUUUACACGUCCAAAGCCGGCUAUUCUACAGUCGCCUCCUCCGCCCAUUGUCGUCACUGCAUCUCCUGCUCAAGGUUCUUCCCCCGUGGUGACAUUAACUAAUGCUGCCCCUUGUACUGUAGACAUGACAUCUGCUGUCCCAGUGCUUCAGGCCCUCGAAGUGAUCCCUCAAAACAUAAUCACAACGAAUCUUCUCUUGACUGCUCCUCCUCUUCCCCUUCCUCCCAACCAGAUCAUCAUUCAAACCAUGGUGCCGGAAGGACAAGAAGAUUCAUCUCCUCAUGUGAUGAUCAACACUCAGACGUCUCUUGCGUCCACUCAGAUACCUUCUGCUCCACCCUCCCCCUCUACAGUAUUAGAUGACGAAAGAUCUCCCCUCAUGGAAGCAUCUUUUGAAACUCAGACUCUGAAUGAAAAUGACAACAUGAAUCAAGAUUCAGACAUUGAAAAUGUGAAUCAUAUUGUUGGUGAUGACACUCACCUCAUUUCCUCAGAUCCUAUGUUAGCAGCAGGUUCUGGAACAGGAAAUUCUGAUAUGGAAUCUGAAAAGAUGCAUUCUCUGGAAGUUCAUCACCUCACUCACAGUUAAUUAUAAUAAUCAAUAAAAGUUAUUUGAUAGUUUAA